CUGCCGCACCAAAAAAACCACGGUCUUGCUGGCUUCCCACCGUAUCAGGUCGUCUUCCUGCCCGGCCGCACGCUGGUUGAGCGGUUUCCUGCAACCUAUAAAUCCCGCCGGAUCACCUCGCUCUGCCCAUCUCAUCUCACUCGCAUUCACUCAACUGAUACUACUAGCUAGUCCACUUCCUUCGGAUCUCUUGCCACCAAGCUCUGCUCCCGCCAAGAUGUCGACGGUGACCCGCGCCUACCUCGACCAGAGGCUCGCCGCCGCCAAGCGCUGCUCCAAAGAGGCUGCCAUGGCGGGAGCCAAGGCGGCGGCCGUCGCCACCGUCGCUGCCGCAGUGCCCACACUGGCGAGCGUGAGGAUGCUGCCGUGGGCGAAGGCGCACCUGAACCCGACCGGGCAGGCCCUCAUCAUCUCCACCGUCGCCGGGAUGGCCUACUUCAUCGUCGCCGACAAGACCAUCCUCUCCAUGGCCAGGAAGCACUCGUACGAGACGGCGCCAGAGCACCUCAAGAACACCUCCUUCAACUAAAUUAGACAGUAGAUCCAUUAGUAGUGCGCAAUAAACCAUGUACGCCCGUCGCCAGUCGGCCUUUAGCCCUGUAUAAUGUUCAAUUGUUCAGUGAGGUGCGAUCAGGCGAGGCGAUACCUGCAGCGCGAAUGGUGGUGUACUGCUGUUCUCUGCGAGCAAUAACUAAUUAUGUGACAGUGAUGUAUGGAAUAAUGUGGCCAUGUUCUCCA